GAACGAGACAGAGAGAGAGAGAUAGAGAGAGCAGUAAAGAGUGUGAGAAGAGCGCUACACAGGACUAAAGGGCUAUCGGAGACAAGGGGGGACACAGAGAACAAGGGGGAAAGGAGAAGCAUGCAGACCAAAGAGAAGGACAAAAACAGAGCAAACCUGCAAUGCCCAAGAAAACCUCCCACCUCAUCAUCUUCGGCCCACUGGUUAGAGACUGAGCAACUCCUUGAUAGUGAUGUCCAAUCAAAAGUAGCUGAAGUAGUAAGGAGGUCAUUAAUGGAAGAACAUUGAGAGUUUAUUGGAUAUUGAAUUUCUGUCUUCAGCUUGCACACACAAAUUCCCUUGGCCCACAGACAAACAAAUUAAUUUGUAUAAACAAAAGCUGGAAACAUUCCUGCCUAUUUCAGUCCUGUUGACACUGGCUGAUGUCACCGCGGGACUCCGCCCCGUUCAGCUCUGCAGGGGGCUGAGCCAACCUGCAGAGGAGCAUGGGCAGAAGGGUGGCUGACCCAACCAAUCCAGUGCCUGCGCUGGGGGUUCCCCUGGCAGGGGGGCGAUGGGGCCCGCUGUGCAGCGUCGGGGUGCAAACAUCUCCCGGACUGCGGACUCUCCCCUCCAUCAAACGACACGGAAGCCAACCAGUCAACACACUUCGGCCAGUCACCAUGGCAACAGACAAAACAACAACAGUGGAGAAAGCGGGAGUAAUCCAAAGUGACAGUAGCAGCCUGCCAGUGUCCAAGGAGACAUCUCAGAACGAGAUCAACAGCUUGACACAGGACGACAUGGGGUCGCAGGGGUCAGGCAGCGGGAUUUACUGCCAAAUCAAAACUAUACGGACAAACCCAAAGGAGAUACGAGCAAAAAGGACAGCUCGAUAUACAAAUGGCAGUGUGGUAGCCUCUGAUGCAGUGGGAGGGGUUUGCUCUGAGGCUGCAGAUGCCAAGGAGCAGCCUCAUGAGAGGAGAAGGGUGCAGUCUUUACGUGGGCAAGGCCAUCGCUCUGUGUUAAAGACAGGGAGUGUUUGCACAACUGUGCACGCCACUCCACCACGGCCCUGUAGAGUGAUGGCCACUUCCCCUCCAAGUCUGUGUGCAACAUGUGGAAGGAGACGAUCACAGAUUACACCAUGCACAGGAGCAUGUCGCAGAAGGGCUGUCAAUCAAAUAUCAUCAAGCCAGACUUUACCUAAUCCACCACAGAAGACGUCUGCAGCUCAAAACCAGCUGAGGAAAGAAUCUUCUCUGGACUCCAAGUCACAUGUGAAGAACACUGAUUCAGCAAACAGCUCAACGCACACAUCAGUAAAGACUAGACAAAUCCCACAGCUGUCACACACUAUACCAAAAACCCACAGCUCACAUUCCAAUAGCACAGCACAUUUCCAAAACAAAAGCAAAGAUUCAAAGCCUCAAACAAGGCCGCAUUCUGCAGAUUUCACACAUUAUAAGGACUCAGCCACGCAAACAGCAGAAACACACCUGCACAACACCACUGAGAAGAGAAUAGCUACCACACAUGUACAACAAACACACACGCUGUCUGCAGACAUGACUGAACCAACUGACACACACACGCAUGACUCAGCUAAAACCCAGCACACUGAAGAACAUAGACAACAGUACACAUCAGCCCAUAUCACUAAUAAACUUCCAGCUUCAAACACCCCGACACUCCCACCAAAAAACUCUCCAAAAUUCACCAGUUCCAAACCAUCCACACCUAUAGCGCAAACCAAAAACCCCCCACAGGCCACAAGUAUGUCCCAACAAACAUCCUCAGAACAGUCCAAAUUCAAGGGCUAUGCCAAACAGAAGAGUAAAUCAUUCGACGACCACACUCUGCCUUGUAAGACUCAUCUGAAAGCACAAUGUAACGGGGCUCCAGGAGGAUUGUUGACUGGACACACAGUGAACGCACCACUGGAGAGGCAGCUGCAGAGUGUGGAGGAGAACCUGAUGUCCAAUCAGGAGAAGAUCAAAGUGCUUCUCAAUGUUAUUCAAGACCUGGAGAAGAGCAAGGCACUCAGCGAAGGUCGCAGCUCAUACAGAACUGGUCAGGACAUAAACAACUGCCCCACCUGCCAAAAGACAGCCUGCAUCAUCUACAGUGUGGAGCAUGAUUUCAGACAGCAGGAGGGACGCUUCCAGGGGGUGAUCGAGGCCCUGGAGGGGGAGUAUGAUGUGCCUGCACCCACCCUGCCCAAGCCUACGCCUGCCUCUUCCACCGUGAGCCGCCCCAGCACCAAAGCUCGAGUAAAGAAGCUCCGUAAGAAGUGUUUCUGGUGGCUGUGAACUUUGAAGAACCACAACAAGGAUGAUUAUAUCAAAGGAGAAUGCACAGUUUGGAAAUAAAGCUUCUCUCUCAUGGUCCUGUGGGUGUGAAGUGAGUUUACAUGUCAUUAAAACCAGUGGACACAUUUCAAACCCAUUCCAAGCUGUAAAAAUAUUCAGCAAGGGACCAGUUAAUGAGACAGAGAAAGACAAGGGGGCCAAACAGGCUGGUGAACUGUCCUUUCAGAUCAGUCAAAGAGGUUAAGAAAGAAAAAAUCACUUGCUUCAUUUGAGUGAUUAACACAAAAUGAAGAUACUGUUUCUCAGAACAAUCCUCCGACAGAGAUGAAGAGACACCUUGGAUGACAGACGGGCAUACUGUUUGUCACUCGGCUGAGUGGCUGUCUAGACAGAUGGACAGAUGAAUGAACGGAUUUCAGCCAAGACUGAUGAUGGGGAUGAAUCUUACAGCAAUAAGCAGGGGAAGGAAGUGGUAGCAAUUUUGGAAUUAAAUGACUGAUAGGAAAACUGUGACUUCAGAGAGCAAGACGGCCAAAAAUCUAAUGUAGCAACAAGUGAAGAGCCGGCAGAUUGGGAGUAGACAAUCUGAUGAUCUUCUGGAAACAAAGAGAUCAGGCUGGAAGGGUAUCAGGGUUUUUGGAGAGCAGCAUGGUGAUUGUAUUAAGAAUACAUUAAGAGACAAUGUGAUGAGCAGCUGAUCACAGACUGACAGGCCGAGUCAGAUUAUUAUAAAUUCUGUCAAUGCUGCCUGACAGAGUGAUUGAUUCUGUCCUUUAUUACCAUCCAAAAUGGCUAUGUUUUCCAUGUAAGAUCACGCACACACAGAUAAAGGUGCAUACAAAUAGAUGCAUAAUGAGGCAUAGAUAUGCAGACAUUACAACACACAUGCAGAAAUAUAACAAUUCAUCUAUGAACUAAUGCAAAUAGGAGGCGGACCAGAUAUCCUGUCACUGUUAACUCUGGCCUGUGUUCAUGUUUCAAAGACAAUUAACAUUUUCAAAUUCUUAGCUAAUAAGGCAUAUGUUAACUCUACAUUUAUUACAUUCAAACUACUGACUGUGUUUUUCUUUACUUGCAAGAGUGGUAAAGUAAAAGGCCAGAACUAUUUUCAUAAGAUUUGUAAGAUAUCUGAUGAUGAAUCUUAACAUGUUCAAUCUUUUUGAUAAAAAAUAUACAACAAAAACAACUUUAACCACGAUAAUGUGAAAUGUACCAAUAAACUAAUACCUAUUUUGUUCUGUAGCAUUCAGGCUGCACUUUGACCAGGUGGUUCAUCAGAGCAAUAGAAGUGAUGCUUAAAUGGAAAUGGCAGGCCAGCUCCAUUAAACUCUAUAUACCCUGUUAGGCCUAGAAAUGUCAUUUGAUUAGAAAUUCUGACCAAAAGAUGCUUUUAGGAAGCCAAAUAUAAUCAGAAUAGGUUGAAGAACAUGACGUUUUAACACAAGCCACAUUUUGUUUGAUAUGCCUGCUAGAAAAAAUUCAAUCUCUAGUUCUCCCAUCACAUUGCUGCACUAUUGUUUUAAAGAAACAAGUUUACACAUCAAUGCUUUAUUUACAUUAGUUUUAGCAUUUAUCUCACGUGGGCCUACUUCAGCUGCUUUUGGACGACAAAUGAGAAUCCUGGAUGACACCACACUCACUAACCAAUUAAAACAGUCUGUGAGCUCCCAUGAUGCCCCUGUUCUUCCUGAUCUUCCUCUUGUAUGUACAAUUAA